AUGGCUGGACUCGACACUUUGUGCUAUUGCAUAUCGUUAUUGACAGCUGGAUGUCUUGCGCACCUGUUCCCAAUAUCGACCGCUCACGAUCGGCCGGUCCACCUCAUUGCGUUGGCCCUGACUGCAUGCUCAUUCGCGCUUCCUGGCAUAAGCAAGGCCCUGCCGCGACUGUUUCAUCCUGCAGAAUCCAGACACGAAGACUACACUGCUCUACCCUUGGAUGAUCUGGGCUAUGUGAAUAGAAAACCUGACCCUGCGGAGACUCCUUCAACACAUCCUCGACACAAUGGAAAGGUUCGCAUCUCGGUAUUGGUGGCUGCAGUCUCGGUCGUGUGUGUGCGCCUCGAGCUCUACCGGCGAAUAUCGAUGGCAACGGAAUGCACCAUUGACAGCAUUGAGGUCUUCCUGCCAUUCUUGCUGGCCGUGUAUGAUGCCGUCCGAUCUCAGCGCGCACGAAGGCUUCAAGAAGAAGAAAGACCGGACAGCAGUGCCUACGAUGCCUUGCGCGCAACCCUGCGCGCACACGUUCUUCGGCCACGUACUCGGUAUUUGAUACCGAUGUUUCUAGUGUCCUACGGCUGUUAUCGCAUACUCUACCUUUGGGACCCUGUUACUUCAACGUAUAUCUGCCCGCUUGUGACUGGUGAAGGCCGGAUCGUCCCAGCGAUGCAGGUCGCAGCGCUCGUCCUGGAUUUAUGCCUUGUAAUUACAGUCUACGAAAGUUCGCCGAAGCAGGAUGGUAAAGGCCUCUCGCCCCGAAGAUGCGUGGUCCUCUGGAGCACUGUGAUGAUCGCCACCGCCAUUGUCUGGUCGGUUGUGGGCGUAAUCGUCUACAUCUACAUGCCAGAGCACAGAGCCUGGCUCUCCUUGCUCGAGCCACCCCUGAACUUUGGAGAUCUAAUGGCCAUCACGGGGCAUGUUUUACUGUUCUGCUUAUUGUGUAUAUCAAGCUUACAUUGUAUUAUGGUGUACGGCGUUGCAGAGAUGUCGCUUCAUCUGACGGCUGUGAUGACUAUGAUACCCGGACUGGAAUUCAUCUGGUUGCAUAAAAGCCCUUUUCCUCCAAUACCCGCAUUUGCCACGACAUUAUCCUUCUUUCUGGUCUUCUUUGGGCGAUGGAGUUAUCACCGUAUCCAACAAGCGUUGGGUGAGCGGGACAGAUCGAAACCCUCGCGCCAUAUGCUCCUAUUUAUCUUCCUGUGCGUUCUCUUGUUCCCGGCCUGGUCGAAGAAGAGUUACGUGCACUUCCAUCCUAUUGACUUGCUUAUCUACGACGCGAAAAUCCACCAUGAGGAAUACCUAAAGGCCUUGGGAAACACCACCUCACUCUCCGAAACAGUGACUCAAUACAAACAGAAGUACAACAGGAAUCCUCCGCCUGGGUUCGAUGUGUGGUUUGAGUAUGCAAAGAACAGGUCGGCGCUGAUUGUGGAUGAGUUUGAUCAGAUAUACGAAGAUCUGUUACCGUUCCGAGCGAUUCCACCAGCAGAUCUGAGGAGACAGACUUGGGAAAUGGUUUCGAAUCCGUGGAAUGAGAUAUCAGGGAUUACUAUCCGGAGCGGCAAAGCGCUGGUGCAGGAAAAUGUCCUCCCGACCCAUCGAUGGAUGCUUGAGGGUGUUGCAGUUCUGAUCAACAGUUUCGCCCAGUAUUUACCAGACAUGGAUCUCGCCUUCAAUUUGAAUGAUGAAUCAAGGGUAGCAGUCCCAUACAACGACAUCACAUUCCUGCGCGAGAAGGGUCGAUCGGCAGACGAAAGCGGGCGCUCCGGUUGGUCGCAAGAUCGCGCUGCGGGUUGGCUACCUAUACCGGAACACGAGUUCACCCAGACUGUCUUUCGUGACAUGUCUUUCCGCAACACUUUCCGGCAAUACGGCUCCGUGGGAUGCAGUCCCUCGUCUCUGGCCCGGCGCGCCCCUCAUAUCUCGUCUCACUCACACAUCUGUGGCUCCUGCGUACGGCCGCAUUCGAUUGGUCAAUUCGUAGCGAACUGGUCCGAUGCAGCAGACGUCUGCCACCAGCCUGACAUGGCCGAUCUCCAUGGCUUCUACUUGUCGCCGGCGGCCUUCAAAACCUCACAUCAACUAAUGCCGGUCUUCUCGCAAUCCAAACCGCACGGCUACAACGACAUCCUCUAUCCCUCCGCGUGGAAUUACAUGGACAAAGUCGUCUACGCGCCUAGCGAGGAAAAAGGCACGCGGGGACAAGACGACUAUCAUUCCAGCUUUCCCGACCUCCCUUUCGAGCAGAAAGAAAACACCUUGUUUUGGCGCGGCGCCACUUCCGAAGGCGUCUCUUCAGGCAACGGUGUCUGGCGCGGCAUGACCCGUCAACGUCUCGUCCACAUGGCGAACAACAUCACGACCUCUUCCCACGACCGAUUCACCAUCCUACUUCCCAACCCCAGCGACCACAAGAAAUACAAAUACCAAGUUCUGCCCGGCCCGGCGGUGAAAGAGCUAGGUCUGAAACCAGACAUCGCCAUAGUCGACCGCAUCGCGCGCUGCGGCGGUGUCGACUGCCACGACCAAGAAUCCGAAGUCCACUUGGUGCCCCCCACCGAUUUCCAGGCUCACUGGCGCUACCGCUAUCUCUUCGACCUCGAUGGUGCAGGCUUUUCCGGCCGAUUCCUGCCAUUUCUCCAGUCUCGGUCUGUGCCGUUUAAAACCGCCUUGUUUCGCGAAUGGUACGACUCCCGGCUCACGGCGUGGCUGCAUUUCGUGCCGCAGGAUAGCAGACUUCACGGCGUAUGGAGCACGCUGGCCUAUUUUGCCGGAGUCAACGGCACGAUGUUCGGCCAGAGUAUUUGGUGGAAACCGCAUCUCAGGGAAGCCGAGAUCAUUGCCGAAGCGGGCAGAGAGUGGGCGGGAAAAGUCCUGCGCAAGGACGACAUGGAGUUGUAUUUCUUCCGCCUGUUGCUGGAGUGGGGCCGCUUGACGGACGACCGCAGGGAUGAGUUGGGAUUCGAUCUCUAG